AUGCAGAUCACCGACCACGUUUACAGCACCCACAUCGAGGAAGACCCCAACACGUUCGGGGCGAUGCACCCCGGCGGCACCCAGAUCUAUUUCGUGGGUGAUCCGUCGGAAAGCAUGGUCAUGAUCGACUCGGGUGAGCCCUACCGGUUCUGGACCCGCCAGAUCAUGGACUACUGGAACGAACUGGGCAGCCCGCGCAUUGACGCCAUCCUGAUCACCCACGGGCACGGCGACCACACCGGGGGCCUCGACCGGCUGCAGGAAGCAUUCGACUGCCCGGUUCGCUGCCAUCCCAAGCUUGCCCCGCGCCUGCAGCACACCCUGGGCGGGGUGUCGGUCAAUGCUCUCCGCGCCAACGAGACCAUAACCACCGGGGGCGGCGUGACCCUGCGCCCGCUGUUCACCCCCGGCCAUGAGGACGACCACGUCUGCUACUUCCUGCGGCCCGACCGCGUCCUGUUCAGCGGUGACAACCUGCUGGGGAAUUCGUCGUCCAGCGUUCGCAACCUCAAGCAGUAUCUGACGUCCCUGGGGCGAAUGGCCAGAACCCGACCGGUGGUGGUGUGCCCCGGACACGGCAAUACCAUCAUCCGGGGUCAACAGCGCAUCCAGCAGCAAAUAGCUCACCGCAUCAGCCGUGAAGACCAGGUACUGGCUGCCCUGAGCGCCGGGGCGUCCACCGUUGACGAGAUCGUGUCCGCCGUGUACCCGCGCAACCUGCGCAGAACCUUGCGCGCCGCCGCGGGCCGCAACGUGCGUACCCACCUCGAAAAAUUGCGCCAGGAAAAUCGCGUCAUCGAGCACGAAGCCAGUUACAUGCUACCGGAUUAG